AUGCAGCAACAACAACAGCGGCCUCCACAGCAGCAGCACUCGCUUUCAAAGGCAGAAAACAGUAAAACGAAGAGCAUGUUUCUGUCUCGGGCGCUGGAGAAAAUCCUGUCGGAUAAGGAGGUGAAGAGGAGCCAGCACAGUCAGCUGCGCAAAGCCUGUCAGGUGGCGCUUGAUGAAAUCAAGGCAGAGCUUGAAAAACAAAAGGAUGGUACAGUGGUCCCACCCAGAGCCAACUACAUCGAGGCAGACAAAUAUGUGCUGCCCUUCGAGUUGGCCUGUCAGUCAAAGUCCCCCCGGAUAGUUAGCACCUCUUUGGACUGCCUGCAGAAACUGAUCGCGUAUGGCCACAUCACAGGCAACGCCCCAGACAGUAGAACCCCUGGCAAGAGGCUGAUCGACCGGCUGGUGGAAACCAUCUGCAACUGCUUCCAAGGCCCACAGACUGACGAGGGAGUGCAGCUACAGAUCAUUAAGGCCCUGCUGACGACUGUCACCUCCCCGCACAUAGAGAUCCAUGAGGGCACGGUGCUCCUUACAGUCAGGACCUGCUACAACAUCUACCUGGCCAGCCGCAACCUCAUCAACCAGACCACUGCGAAGGCCACACUCACACAGAUGCUCAACGUUAUCUUCACACGCAUGGAGAACCAGGCCGCUCUCGAGGCUCAAGAGCAGGAGAAGGAUCGGCUGCGUCUUCCCCAGCAGAACCCGUCCCCAGUCCCAGGUAAUCGGAGGUCCGGCUCUCCCCGCUCUGACCGCACGCCCACUCCGGAGCCCCAGAGUUCCCCGUCCCCAGCAGCCAGCUCACCGGAUCUCACCACAACCAAUACCACCAGCUCCAUGCCUCAACUGCCAGACCAAGCAGAAAACACAACAUCAAUUAAUGGUGAACCUGAGAGUGACAAUGCUCCAGUGAAUGGAGGUGCAGAACCUGUUACACCAUCAAGAGAUUCAGUCUUUGAAGACGAAGGUGUAGAAACACCUCCUACCACAGCUCAGCCAGCUGAGAUAGGGAACAAAGCAAUGAGCAGUCCAAAUUCAGCAGAGUCAGAGGCGACUGAUGUAGAGGAGGGAGAGCAUCAGCCAACACAGAUGCACAGUGGAACAGUGGGAGAGCACCCAGCUCAGCAUGUCACUGAACAGACAGAGGUGCCCCCAUCUAGAGUCAGAACAGAGGGUCAGCAGAUGAACGGCAUCAUAGAGGACCGCUCUUCUGUUUCCUCAACUGAUAUGCUGGAUGCUGAGGCCCUGCAAGGACCCCACAGUGCUGCCCGUUUCUCUCACAUCCUUCAGAAAGAUGCCUUUCUGGUGUUCCGUUCUCUGUGCAAACUAUCCAUGAAACCCCUCGCUGAUGGACCCCCAGACCCAAAGUCCCAUGAGUUGCGAUCCAAGAUUGUCUCCCUGCAGCUGCUGCUCUCUGUGCUGCAGGGUGCUGGGCCUGUUUUUCGCACUCAUGAGAUGUUCGUCAAUGCCAUCAAACAGUAUCUGUGUGUGGCACUGUCCAAAAAUGGUGUCUCGUCUGUGCCUGAGGUCUUUGAGUUGUCACUGGCCAUCUUCCUCACCUUACUGUCACACUUCAAGGUCCACCUGAAGAUGCAAAUUGAGGUGUUUUUCCGUGAGAUUUUUCUGACCAUUCUGGAGACAUCGACCAGCUCCUUUGAGCACAAGUGGAUGGUUAUUCAGACACUAACACGCAUCUGUGCAGAUGCCCAGUGCGUGGUUGACAUCUACGUUAACUACGACUGUGACUUAAAUGCCGCCAACAUCUUUGAGCGCCUUGUCAACGACCUGUCGAAGAUUGCUCAGGGCAGGAGUGGUCAGGAGCUUGGGAUGACCCCUCUGCAGGAGUUGAGUCUUCGUAAAAAGGGUUUGGAGUGUCUGGUUUCCAUCCUCAAAUGUAUGGUGGAGUGGAGCAAAGACAUGUAUGUCAAUCCAAACCUUCAAGCUAACUUGGGUCAGGAGCAUCCAUCUGAUAGCGAGGGGGGAGAGUUGAAGCUCCCAGAGCAGCUGACGGGACGUCGGGACAGCGUCAGCUCGCUAGACUCCACCGUCUCCUCCAGUGUCCCAAUUUCCCAAGCUGACCAUCCGGAGCAGUAUGAGGUCAUCAAGCAGCAGAAAGACAUCAUCGAGCACGGCAUUGAACUCUUCAACAAGAAGCCGAAGCGAGGUAUCCAGUACCUGCAGGACCAGGGCAUGCUGGGUGCCACAGCCGAGGACAUCGCUCAGUUCCUACACCAGGAAGACAGACUGGACACUACCCAGGUGGGAGAGUACCUGGGAGAGAACAUCAAGUUCAAUAAAGAAGUGAUGUACUGUUACGUAGACCAGCUGGAUUUCUGUGGGCGGGACUUUGUGUCGGCUCUCAGAGCAUUCCUGGAAGGCUUCAGGCUGCCUGGUGAGGCCCAGAAGAUUGACAGACUGAUGGAGAAGUUUGCUGCUCGAUACCUUGAGUGCAACCAGGGACAGACUCUGUUUGCCAGUGCAGACACUGCCUAUGUGCUGGCAUACUCCAUCAUCAUGCUCACCACAGACUUGCACAGUCCUCAGGUGAAGAACAAGAUGACAAAGGAACAGUAUAUCAAGAUGAAUCGUGGUAUUAACGACAGUAAAGACCUGCCUGAAGAGUAUCUAUCUGCCAUAUAUGAUGAGAUUGCUGGCAAGAAGAUUGCCAUGAAGGAGAGCAAAGAGUUCUCAAUCACCCCAAAGUCCACCAAGCAGAGUGUAGCGAGUGAGAAGCAGCGUCGCCUGUUGUACAACAUGGAGAUGGAGCAGAUGGCCAAGACCGCAAAGGCUCUGAUGGAGGCAGUCAGCCAUGCUCAGGCCCCCUUCUUCAGCGCUACGCACUUGGAGCAUGUCAGGCCCAUGUUCAAGCUGGCGUGGACUCCCUUGCUGGCAGCGUUCAGUGUGGGGCUGCAGGACUGUGACGACCCAGAGGUGGCCUCACUGUGUCUGGAGGGCAUUCGAUGUGCCAUCAGGAUCGCCUGCAUUUUCAGCAUGCAGCUGGAGCGAGAUGCCUAUGUUCAGGCCCUGGCCAGAUUCACCUUGCUGACAGCCAGUUCCAGCAUCACAGAGAUGAAGCAGAAGAACAUUGACACCAUCAAGACCCUGAUCACUGUGGCCCACACUGACGGAAACUACCUGGGCAACUCCUGGCAUGAGAUCUUGAGGUGUAUCAGUCAGCUGGAGCUCGCCCAGUUGAUCGGCACCGGGGUAAAGACGCACUACAUCUCAGGGGUGGUCCGGGACAAGGACGUCGGCAUCAGGGGCUUACCCUCCGGCACGGAGGAGUUCAUGCCCCUUGGACUGGGUAAUCUGGUGGGAAGCCAGGACAAGAGACAGAUGGCUCACAUCCAGGAGUCAGUAGGAGAGACCAGCUCUCAGAGUGUGGUAGUAGCUGUUGACAGGAUCUUCACCGGCUCCACCAGACUAGAUGGCAAUGCAAUCGUGGACUUUGUGCGCUGGCUGUGUGCGGUGUCCAUGGAUGAGCUGGCCUCAGCACACCAGCCGCGGAUGUUUAGCUUACAGAAGAUUGUGGAAAUCUCCUACUACAACAUGAACCGCAUUAGGCUACAGUGGUCUCGAAUUUGGCAGGUCAUAGGAGACCACUUCAAUAAGGUGGGCUGUAAUCCCAAUGAGGAUGUAGCCAUCUUUGCCGUAGACUCACUGAGGCAGCUUUCCAUGAAGUUCUUGGAGAAAGGAGAGCUGGCCAACUUCCGCUUCCAGAAAGACUUCUUGAGGCCUUUUGAGCACAUCAUGAAAAAAAACAGGUCCCCCACCAUCAGAGACAUGGUGAUCAGGUGUGUUGCUCAGAUGGUAAACUCCCAGGCAGCUAAUAUCCGUUCUGGUUGGAAGAACAUCUUCUCAGUGUUUCACCAGGCAGCUUCCGACCACGAUGAGACGAUAGUGGAGCUGGCCUUCCAGACCACCGGGCACAUCGUCAUGAACACUUUCCAGGAGCACUUUGCAGCUGCUAUUGAUUCGUUCCAGGAUGCAGUGAAGUGCCUGUCAGAGUUUGUGUGCAACGCAGCUUUCCCUGACACCAGCAUGGAGGCUAUCCGACUCAUACGCCACUGUGCUAAAUAUGUCUCAGAAAGGCCGCAGACCCUGAGGGAAUACACCAGUGAUGACAUGAAUGUUGCCCCUGGUGAUCGGGUGUGGGUUCGUGGCUGGUUUCCGAUCCUGUUUGAACUUUCUUGUAUCAUCAACCGCUGCAAGCUGGAUGUCCGCACCAGAGGUCUCACAGUCAUGUUUGAAAUCAUGAAGAGUUACGGUCACACGUUCGAGAAGCACUGGUGGCACGACCUCUUCAGAAUCGUCUUCCGAAUCUUUGACAACAUGAAACUCCCUGAGCAGCAGACAGAGAAAACCGAAUGGAUGACAACAACAUGUAACCACGCUCUGUACGCCAUCUGUGAUGUGUUCACCCAGUUUUAUGAGCCUCUCAGUGAAAUCCUGCUGGCUGACAUUUUCACACAGUUACAGUGGUGUGUCAGGCAAGACAACGAGCAGCUGGCUCGGUCUGGGACAAACUGUCUGGAGAACCUGGUGAUUCUGAACGGGGAGAAGUUCAGCCCUGAGGUCUGGCAGAUCACCUGCUCCUGUAUGCUGGAGAUCUUCCAAAAUACCAGCCCUCAUGCGUUGUUGACUUGGCGACCAGCUGGACAGGAAGAGGAAACUGCAGAUAGCAAACAUUUUGAUGCAGAUUUUGACAGCCAGUCUCAGAGCAGCUAUGACAGGGCUCUGUCUGAGAGAGGACACAGCCAGAUGUCCAGCGAUGACACCUGGAAGGGCAAGUCCAAUGCAAGAGUGUCAGAUCAGAAGCUGUUUGCAGGGUUGCUGAUUAAAUGUGUGGUACAGCUUGAACUCAUCCAGACCAUAGACAACAUUGUCUUCUACCCAGCAACCAGCAAGAAGGAGGAUGCUGAGAACAUGGCUGCUGCACAGAGAGAUGCUCUAGAAGAGUCGGAGGCUGAGGGAGGCGAGGCGGGGCUGGAUCAGGGGAUGUACAGACACAUGACUUCUGCACACCUUUUCAAGCUGCUGGACUGUCUGCUGGAGUCGCACACUUUCGCCAAGGACUUCAACUCCAACAAUGAACAGAGAACAGCGCUCUGGAGGGCAGGCUUUAAAGGGAAGUCCAAGCCCAACUUGUUGAAGCAGGAGACCAGCAGUCUAGCCUGCAGCCUGAGGAUCUUGUUCAGGAUGUACUCUGAUGUUCAGCUGCAGGACUCAUGGCCUGAUAUCCAGACACGCCUUCUGCUGGUGUGCAGUGAAGCUCUGGCUUACUUCAUCAGUCUGACCUCAGAGAGCCACAGAGAGGCUUGGAAUAGCCUGCUGAUGCUGCUGCUCACCAGAACGCUACGGCUGCCUGAUGACAAGUUCAAACCCCAUGCCUCCUGCUACUACCCCCACCUCUGUGAAAUGAUGCAGUUUGACCUUAUCCCUGAGCUGCGGGCCGUCCUCAGGCGCUUCUUCCUGCGCAUCGGCUCUGUCUUCCACAUCGCUGCUCCCGAGGUGGUGCCUGCCCGGACCCUUGCAUCAUAGAAUAUGUGGGUGCGUGGUCAGGUGUAGGGAGGAAUGGAGAAACUGAAAUGAGUGUCACAAGUGGACACAUAAUAGACUUUCCCCCUCUUUUGGACUGGAACAGAUUAAAGAGGGGCUGUAAUGUGUGGAGGAAGACAACAAAGACUGUAGCUUUUCUGUCUCGGUUCAGGACUCUGAAAGCACUCAAGUGUUUGCCCUGUCUUUCCUCCCUCUCUUCUUUCUCUCUGGGAUGAACAGCACUGUGACCAGCACUCUGUGCUGACUGUAGUCAUUCAUCAUCCCCCUGACUCUCAUCUCAAAGUGUAAUGACUAGAAAUGAAACUGUAAACAAAUAAUUUAUUGACAUUGUUGCAAAUUUGAUGCUUUGUUUUUCUGUUUCUUCUUUUUGUUUUUUUAAAUACCUAAAAGAUACGGCAUAUCUACAUGCUGAGAGCAAAUGAAUGAUACUGCAGAAUUGAUGAACCUUACAUUUUCCCUUUGUGAAAAUCUCUUUUGGCCACCUGUGCCUGUAAGAAAAUGAUGACAUCUGUCAGUGUUGCCCUUAUUGUGAGUUUGCUGAUCUAAUCAAAACAUGUUGUAAUAUCUGAACCCUCAUGCAUCGAUGUCCAUCCCAAAGCAUUGCUUGUCACUUUAAUGUUUAUGUUCUCUCUUAUGUCUGUGUUAUUCGGUAGCAAUUGUUAAAGAGACUGAGCCUCUCAGCUGCAGGUGAACACAAGCUGCAUCUCCUACAACACUAUCAAAGAUCUAAAGCAGUUUUUUUUUGGGACGUCUCUGCUCGCUGUGACGCGACCAUCCUGUUGUCUUUGCCUGUCCAAUGAGAUUUUACUGAUUUAUUUAACUCGUUUGCUUUAACUUGUGUUAUGAUUUUUUUUUUCUUUUUCAGGAUUAUUGUUGGUUUACAUUGAAAGGUUGGUUGAUAGACUGGUUUCUUAACUCUGUCUUGCAUUCCUGUGUGUUGACUCAGUGAGCCUUACACUGAAGGACUUAACAUGGAGUCAACUCCUCCUGGCUUCUGUAUCACAACUCAACCUUCCACUAAUCCAUCAGUUGGCACUCUGUGGUGAAGAGAUGGUUGUUUAUUCCAUUUUCCACACUCUUUUGUACAUCUCAUGGCUCAUGUAUUAACACCUCCCAGUAUACCAACCUGCCCCAGAUGGUUAGAAUGCCUGUCAGUGUUUUGUCACAUUCAAGAGUCAAGUUCAACCACAGAACGGUUCAGGAACGAAGCAUAACCAAAACACUCUUCAACAGAGAUACUGGAAUCUCUGUGUCCUGGAUCCUCCCGAGUUUAUUCCAUGCCUUUUUUGAAAAGAAGGAUGUAUGUAAUUAUUUAAAGUGCAUUUAAAUAUUUUUUGAGAAGCAUUCCUUCCCUCGCAACUAUGGAUGUCUACUUUUCUUCCCUAAAAGCUAGGGAAUAUAUAAAUAUAUAUAUAUAUAUACAGUAAAUGAAAAAAUCCAGACUGUAAAGUUUUCAAUGUAAGAUACAUAGAAAUGAAAGUGCUAUAUGGUUCUAUACAUAAUACUGUGAUGUAAUCUUCCGAGCAUUUGGUGAAGUAUCAAUAAACCUGAAUUCUGAUCCAA